UACCCUGCCUGGUAGUAUUUAUAUAGUUGUUGCUAUUUCAAAGGCUGAAAUCACCCCUCGCGUGGGGAGUUGUAUCAGCACACGAGCACAGUGAUCUAGCAGCUUCUCUAUAUGAAGGGCUGAUGGAAGACGCACGGGAUCUGGCUGAACGCACCCCACGUUCAGAGCGUAAGCGGAGAGACUCGUUCGGGAUGUUUGAUGGCUAUGACAGCUGCAGUGAAGAGUCCACCAGCAGCUCCAGUUCUGAGGACAGUGAGGAUGAGGUGGUACCUUCCAUCCCUGUCAGCCUGCCCAUCAUCAAGAACAAUGGUCAAGUCUACACAUACCCCGAUGGCAAGGCUGGAAUGGCCACUUGUGAGAUGUGUGGGAUGGUCGGAGUACGAGAUGCUUUUUACUCCAAAACCAAGCGCUUCUGCAGUGUGUCCUGUUCGAGGAGUUAUUCCUCUAAUUCCAAAAAAGCUAGCAUCUUGGCUCGAUUACAGGGCAAACCACCAACAAAAAAGGCAAAAGUCUUACAGAAACAGCCUCUCAUGGCCAAAUUGGCCGCUUACGCCCAGUACCAAGCCAGUCAACAGAACCAGGCGAAACCAAAAGCAGUGGUCCCAGCAGAGAUUUUUGACUGGGGUCGGUACAUCUGUAGCAAUAACACAGUCGGAGCGCCAGUCAGCUGUUUCAAGCAUGCCCCUAUGGGGACAUGCUGGGGAGACAUAGAAGAAGGUGUUAGGAUUGAAGUGCUCAACUCUGACACCAGUCUCUCCACCAAGGUAUACUGGAUAGCAGAAAUCAUUAAGCUAGCAGGGUUCAAGGCUCUCCUGCGCUAUGAGGGUUUUGACAACGACACCAGUAAGGACUUCUGGUGUAAUCUCUGUAUCCCUGAGGUUCACCCAGUGGGAUGGUGCGCCUCAAGUGGGAAACCCCUUGUACCUCCAAAAAGCAUACAGCAUAAAUACUCUAACUGGAAAGCCUUUCUUGUAAAGCGUCUUACUGGAGCUAAAACACUGCCACCUGACUUUAAUACCAAGGUACAUGAGAACACGCAGUUCCCCUUUAAAAAGUUGAUGCGGGUGGAGGUGGUGGAUAAAAACUACCUGUGCCGGACGCGGGUGGCGCUGGUGGAGCAGGUCACUGGAGGUCGCCUCAGGCUGGUCUACGAAGAGAGCCAGGACGGAUCUGAUGACUUCUGGUGCCACAUGUACAGCCCCCUCAUCCAUAACAUAGGCUGGUCACGAAGCAUUGGACACCGCUUCAAACGAUCUGAUAUUUCAAAGAAAAUUGAGGGUCAAGUUGAUGCUCCUGCUCAGUUCUUCCAGAAGGUGAAAGAUGUGGACCAGAGUGGGGACUGGUUCAAAGAUGGGAUGAAGUUAGAAGCCAUUGACCCCCUCAAUCUCUCAGCUAUAUGUGUAGCCACUGUAAGAAAGGUUUUGGCAGACGGGUACCUCAUGAUCGGGAUUGACGGUUCGGAGGCAGUGGACGGAUCAGACUGGUUCUGUUACCAUGGCGCCUCCCCCUCCAUCUUUCCUGCCGGCUUCUGUGAAAUCAACAACAUUGAGCUCACGCCCCCUAGAGGGUAUACUAAACUACCAUAUAAAUGGUUUGACUACCUCAGAGAAUCAGGAUCAAUAGCUGCUCCUGUCAAGCUUUUUAACAAGGAGGUUCCCAAUCAUGGUUUUCGACCCGGCAUGAAGCUCGAGGCUGUUGACCUGAUGGAGCCGCGGCUUGUGUGCGUUGCCACAGUGACAAGAAUAGUGCACCGGCUACUGAGGAUCCACUUUGACGGCUGGGAGGACGAGUAUGACCAGUGGGUGGACUGCGAGUCACCUGACCUCUACCCUGUGGGCUGGUGUCAGCUGACGGGCUACCAGCUCCAACCCCCUGCUUCUCAGAGUAACAGAGACAUGCCCCAGUCUGUGCCCAAGCAGAAGAAAAAGGCCCAGCAGUACAAAGGGCAAAAGAAAAAGAGGAAGAUUCCGGUUGGUCGACGGCCCUUCAGUCAGGCAGGCAGGAGGAGGAGCAGCUUCUCAGGGGACGAAGAGCAGAGUCCGCCCCCUUACCCUGCCCAGGGGCCAGCUCGGCCCCGACCCCGAACACACCUCCACCAAACCCACAAAUCAGAGUCUCUCCUGCGCAUGAAGGAGGAGGCAGCUGAGGUGGACGAGUUCACCUUCUCACAGGGCACAUCCGACCAGGAAAGCAACGGCUCGGGCAGCUACUACAUCAAACAGGAGCCCUGAGGUCACAUGGUCGGGACAGAGCGGGACAAACUGGGAACAGGCCGGACGUCUCGAAAACCUCAGCAGGAUCAGGAACAAGUCAAACUAGCCUCAAAUCACACUAGUAGACCAAUGCCAGCAGGCCUUCUAUGGAGUCAGUACAGGAGAUGAUAAAGAGCAGAAGAUGUUCAUGCUUCUGAAAAGUCCUGAAAGACCAUCCCGCUUAGUCAUCUAAAAUUGUAGCUGUGUGUGCAAGUAAUAUCCCAUGGAACCCAUUUCAGGGGUUGGAAAUAGUUGGGCAUUUUCUUUCGUGCCACCGUUGGGUGCCGCAACAUCGGCUUUUUCUCCUCUCCUGUCUGAAACAUCCGACCACACAAGAUAUAUUUGGAUGGAUUCAAAAUCAGCCUUUUUCCCCACAGAGAUGGAGGGUCGACAUGUGCCCGUCCUGCCUUCGCCACAAUCUGGGCCACGCACAGAGACCUGUAGAAACUGUGAGAACCAUUUAUUGAGCCAGGUCCUUUGUUUAAUUUUUGUUUUUUUGUAUAUAUAUAUGCACACUCACACAAACACACACACACACACUUAUAGGACAGCACAUAUAUACAUAUACAUAUAAAUAUAUAUAAUUUGGUUGGUUUUCAGGUUUAUAAAUUGCAGUUGGUGAGAGACACCCACUGAGCAGCCUGAGGGGAUAAGAAAAGAGAGGCUGGCAGAGACAGGAGCAGAGUUGUGUAUAUUUUGAUUAUUUUCAAAUUGCCAGGUGGACUUUAACUUCAUUGAAAGUACUUGAAGUUUUCUUUAUUUUGUCCUUCUUUUGUAAUGAUGUGUGUCUUAAUGUUCCUAUUUUUGCAUUUAAAUUUUUGGUGGUUGUGUGGGAAAUGUAACGUGCGUUGUUUCACAGAAGUGAUUAUAUUCAAAUAGUAUGUGAAGACCUAUUAAAAUAGAAUUAUAGAUCAAGGAGUAGGAUUGGAAGACAGAUCCCAGUACACCGCUGCUUAGCAUUAAUGAUGUUGAAGAUUUCUGCAGCUACAUUUAUUUCCGAGUUCAAACAUUACAGAACCAAAGUCUGAUUCAAAAUACAUGACAUUACUCACAGCAGAGUUUGAGCCCACAGGUUUAAUCAAAUCCACCAAAACAAUUCAGAUGACGCGAAACUCAAUCUAGGGCGCGUGACAAGCAUAUUGUCAUUAUCAUGUAAUUUAUUUAUUUAUUCACAUUUUUUGGAUGAAUCCUUUAGAAAACAAUGAAAAUACUCUUCACUGUUUUCCUUCCUUUCUAAGAUCAGUCUCAAGCUGCCUUGGUUUUCUGCCGCUAACCUUCCCAUUCUUUCACACUGAGCCAUUAUUACAUUUGAAAAGCAUAAACAAUGGCUUUGGAAAUAAUUUAAUUAAAAGUUUUUUUAUUGAAAUUUGUUACUCCUAUUAAAUCUCAAUUUACAAGUUGUCCCCAUUUAUAACAUAAAGCCACACCAGGAACCCUUAGGAGGAUUACGUUUUAUAUAUUAAUUGCAUUGCAAGUUUGACGGAAAGUUAUAUAACAUAUCUUAUGCAGUUAUUGCAGAAACUCAUUCUUACCAUUGUUUCUUAUAAGUUAGGUAUUGAAUACAGAAAUCCUCCUUCACAUUCCACUUCUCUUUCAUUUAAUCUGUACAGUCUAUAGAUGUUGUUAUUCCUAAGCUACACAAAGUGGGUCUUGUGGGGAAAAUCUGUAAUUUUUUGUAUUACUACAUUUUGAGCAACUGUAAAUCAUCUGUAAACACAACUUCACACAACCUCUCCUUCUACGUGCAGCUGCUAAACCUGCCUGUUUGUUACAGUAGAUCACAUGAGGCAACAUAAGCUAAAAGAAGCAAAAAAUGAUCUCAACAUGUUCUGUGAUGUUAAACAGCUUCGAGGAGCUUCAGGGACCUAUCACAGUAAAUCCCACAAUACCACUGACUGUGGGUUUGUGACUGCUUGUAGCAAGAAUCCAGCCAUGCUAAUGAGCCUGGGCUUCUUCCUCUAUAUUCCUCUGUACAAAACUUAAAUCUAGCAUAAAUGUAUCAUUUAUCAUUUUUGAAUAAUUCAGGGUCUUUGCGCUGUAAUGUUGAACAGAAAUUAUGAAGCUGUGGAGAUGAAAAGCUUUUUUCAUUUAAAAAACAUACAAAAAAAAGUCACAGUGGUUUAAAAGAAAGAAUAAAUGAGAAACAACUUAGCGUAGUGUGACUGUUAGUGAACCGCAGGGUAUGUUGUCUAAAAGAGAAACCUUACUGGUAUGAUGAGGGUCAUUCUCACUGCCAUACCCGACAAUAUGUACUUUAACCUUCACAGUUUUUGAUAUCGCUGCUGUUAGAGGCCGACCUUCGCUGGCCUCGUGUAUCAGCCAGGAUAUUACAGUGUAGUGUUGUGGUGAAUCAUCUUCUCUUACAUAGGUUGCACUACACCAGUGAUUCAUAUUGGAGAUGCACAUGUUUUCUGUUGUGUUCUGGACCAUUUCUGCUGUGUGUUACCCUGUCUGUCUGGAACGCCUUGUGCAAAUGGAGUCUCGGGUGUGCCACCGGAAUAUUUCUAAACUUAUCCACUGUUUAACUGUAAUCAUUUAAUACAUUACUAAAUAUAAACCUUUAAAAAUAGUAUUUGGAUAGAUGGAUAAAGAAAACUAAAACAAUUGAUAUGUUAAAUCUUUUAAAUUCAAAUGCUGAACCCACAAAUAGGCAACUGGAGCUCCAAUAAGCCAGAUGGCAUGUGACACUGGCCAAUUACCUUGACCCUUGGCUUCAGUGUGGAUUGAACAGUGUAAUAUUAUAAAAACAUAUUACAUGAGUUAAGUUCUAAUAAAUAAAUACAUAUAACGGGGAGAGAAAUGUUUUUUUUUAAAUGUAAUUAUUUACAAUUAAAUAUACAUUUUAAUUAGAUUUAAUUAAUUUACUCCACUUUGAGUUUUUUUGCAUUAUUUAAAUGUAAAUUUGUUUAAGUAAUAGAUUUAUAUAAUUUCUGAACAAUAGUGAAAUAUGAUUAAACACUCAAAUGUGGCACACUCGAGAUUCCAUACCUUAGGUGUUUGUAGCAUCAAACUUUGCUUUCUGUCAGAGAAUAUGAAGCUGGGCUGUUAUGUUCAGAGAACAGGAAAAUUUGCCUCACUCUAACAGUCAACAUCAUCGAGCAAUUUUGUCCAUAUACGGAAAAAGAAUAUGUAGAAUAUUUCAUUAGUGUAAUAUGCAAAAACAUGAGGGUUAUUUUGUAUCGUUGCGGUUGUUGUCAUGUCAGAGCCUAUUGUAUGCAAGCUAGUUUAUGAUUCACCUGAGCCACAGAGUAACAGGUUUGACUUUAGUGGAAAAUGAACGAUGCUUUUCCAACAGUCUCUGAAGGCAGCAUUCACUUAAAACAGGAGCUGGCAAAAAAACUUAGAUUAUCUAUAUAUAUAUCAAUAUAUGUAUGUAUAUGCUUGACUAUGAUGGUAUAGAGUAACAAAUCCGAAAGUCAGUAAUUACUGCUUGGCCGUGGAAAUGACGAGACUCCUCUUUCAUUCUUCUUAGCGCUAGACUUCUGCAGCUGUUUAUCUACUACCUCCUGAUGCUAGCCACAUUUAGCUAAAAGUGUGUGAAAUAUGUGUUAGCAUAUGCAAAUGAAAAAUGAUUACCUAAAUACGCUCCACUUGAAGACUAGACACCAAACAAGGAAGAAACUUUUUAUCAUAGCACAUGAGGUAGUCUUCUAAUUUGAAUGAUAUGCAAUAGCGAUAGAUCCAAUAUUAUUAUGCUACGUUGAAAAAAAACGGAUAGCACCCACAAAUGUUAUGAUCACUACAUUAAUAUAAUUAACAGAUGAGAUAAUUUAACAAAAUGGUAUUAUAUAGCCGUGGUUCUUUUCUGAGCAGAGGUGCAUACACCGAAAAGUGACUGUAUGGCCAAGGUAAUGACAUGAAGAGCAGAUCUAAACUUUUCACUGAAACGAUCCAUAAUUUCUCUUUUUCUACCAGUAAGGUUCAUAAUUCAGGUCUCAGGAAGUUGGUAUUUCUUUUCUGUGUUGUAAAUGUUGUAGCAAGUCUGAAUCAGCUCAAUGGUCUUUUCAUGAUGUGCGUCUGUUGUGUGGAAGCAAACGAGAGCCAGAAUCACCACAAUGUUAAAGGCAACAGAAAAUUAUGGAGUUCAACCACAACUUGAUUCUUAAUGUUUGAAAUGUAGUUACCACUGAAUUUCUAGCAUUGAAAUAUGUUACUCUAAUAACACUUUUGUGAAAUUUCUACCAGAAUAUUAAAAAGAAUUGUUUCGUUGAAUGUUUUAGGAUUCAGAUAGAAAUGUUUGUUCAGUUUUUGAAAACUCAAGUUUUGAAUUUUAAAUUGUGUGCACACAAAUUAUCAUCUUUUCAUAACCUAUUUCCAUAGGAAUUCAAAUAAAAUAUCUGAAUAAUACAAAUUCAGUGGCAUUUCAAAUUUAAGUGCAGAGUAAUGGUUAAAUUUCACAAUAGGUGUUAAGUUGCGUAAACGAUUCUAUUUAUCAAGGUGCUUGUUUGUUUCUGUGCCGUUCAAACAACAAAGGUCUUAUCUCACUUUCCAUUUCACGUGUUCAUGAUGAAUUCUCCAUUUGAGUGACAACAAAAAAAAACAAAACACGGAUGCUGUUUGCCUUUUGGUUUAAUCUGCUUUUUGUAGCUUGUUUUCAUCUAAUUUCCUCAAAGAAUAUGGAAUUUAUUUCUACUAAUUUUUUUUGAAUUUGUCUCCUGAUCUGAUUGAAUACAAAGCUCGGCUGAAUCGCUGCGCUCCUAAGACCAAAUGAGCAAUAAAAGACAUAUUACUCACAAUCAUUAGAAGGAGGUUAGCUUAAAGCUAGGAUCUGGAGUUACUUUUAACUUAUGUCAGAGGGCAGAAGGUGUACUUAAUGACAAAACUGCAUUAAUAGCUUAGAUAAAUAAAUUUAAAAACGACUGUUGUAUGGACUAACUGCUGCUACCCUUCCCCAGACUCUCCCUAAUUAAUCAAAUGCACAAUCAGCACCAUUUUGGAUCUUCUGUGUCUCACUUUCCCUUGUAGAUAUUCUUGUUUCACAAUUGAACCCCAAAUCUAUCAGUGGAACAUGUUUGACCUUUAUCCACAGGUCCUUGUGUAUUUGGAAUGUUUGCUCAUCAGUAGCUGGACAUGGAAGCAAUUGUGGAUCCAUUUUGUAUGUGGAAUUUGGUGCACUGAUCAACUGAAUGCAUGUAGAACAGAGCUCAUCGUGCUUACUUACUUAUUUUGUCGUGACCAUUUAUUUGUUGGACUUCAGUUUGUCCCCUCGUUUCCUCUUCCACUGUAAACAGGAAGCUUUGGAAGCCUUUUUCCACCAAGAGAGUGAAGGCCAAGAUUGUGAGAUACAAAGUAAAGAUUGAACUCACAGAAGCAAAAUUAUUGUAGUUAAUCAAAGAUAUAUUGUAAUGAUUUUGACUUUAUAUUCCAGAUUAACAUAAUUUUAACCUAUGAUCAUCAUUUUGGCUUAAAUUUAUCGUUCAAUUUUGUUCUUAUACUUGUGUCUAUAAUGUUGUGGUUGAACUCACAACAAUCAUUUUGGCUUGCUAUCUCUUAAUUCUGGGUUAUUAGGUAAAAACAUUGAUGUAUGUUAAAGUUUAGGCUUUAAUUUGGUUUUCUUAUGAUCUGAAAAAGUUUUAAUUACUAUUCUAAUUUGGUUUCAAUAACUCCAAAUUCUUAUGAAUGCGUCAAAUUUUUAUUUAAGAUGUCCUUACUUUGAAUUACCAUGAAUAAUCUUAAUUUUACCCACCAUUCAAUUUAAUCCCCUCCCCCUGGUGGUGAUAGGCUUCUAUCAGCAGGACUCAGUUGUAGGUACAGGGUUGUGGCUCUGUCAGAUGGGGGCAGUGAGGAGCAAACUGAAGUUAAUAUUAGUUUUUUCUUGGAUACUAACACGGGUCUUUUGUAUGUGAUGGUCCCCCUCUAAUUAUAUUAAACCAUUAUAUUGUGGUGCUAUAUAUAUUUGAUAAAAACGACUUAAUGUAUUGGGAUUACUAUUGUCUGAAAAUACUUGUGAAUUGAGAGGGUUAUGGUGCAAAAUUUAUUUUGGAUACAAAUGAAAAAUAAUCUAUGUUAAUAGUUAUAAAUCUAUUGAUAUUAACACUGACCCUUGAGGUACAUUAGAUUGCAGUUUAAAGUUUGUACAUCUUUUUGAUAGUGUGUACUAGUUUCCUUUCAUAUGGUAAUAUUUGUGCUGUGAUCAAGCUUUGAUAGACUUUGUAAAUAAAGCCAAAUGUUCGGAUCAUAGUAUUGGUUGUAAUGGAUGGCUUCUUUGUUUACAAGCGUUGCAGUUUCCGCAUGGCUGUGAAAGUUUAUCUGGUGAUUUUUGUAAGAUCUGACUUUUACACUGAAUAAAAAAGGCUUAUGACUACAA